GAGCAAGAAGCGGAACCUCCGCUGUAUGUAACGCGUCAUAUAGUUUGUACAUCAGCGGCGUUUCACAAGCCACACCGUCGGUGAACUCGCAGUGAAACCGAAGGUCACCUCGCCCCGGCAGCUUCACUGUGAAUACAGAGUUGUUCUAUAACUAUAUAAUAACGCAAUGGACAAUUUUGAUAAUUUGAGCGCGUCGGAGAAAGCGGAGGCGACGGAGCUGCAGCGUAUGAUCGCUGUAGAGCAACAGAAAGCGCAGUUCCAGGCGCAGGUGCACAACUUCACCGACGUCUGCUGGGACAAGUGUGUAGAUAGUCCAGGCUCGAAGCUGGACUACCGGACUGAGACGUGCCUGGUGAGCUGUGUGGAGCGAUUCAUCGACACCACCUUGACCAUCACCAACCGCUUCACGCAGAUGGUGCAGAAGGGCGCUCAUUAACAAUGGGCCAUGGAUGCCAGCAGGACUGCAUUAUGAGAUGAAUAAAAACGUUUUAUAUUCCUAAGAUGUUGGUGGAAGAUAAUGUGAAGAGGACAUGAUUUUUAUGAUUUCAUGUUUAUGAUUUAGACUACUUCCGCUUGAAUUGGGGGAAUCUCCAGGGUCCCAAAAUGAGUUCAGAAUGGGAAACUCUGUUAUGGUUGUAGCUGCAAACGGCAGUGAGAAGUACCUGUUUGAACUGAGAAGUCAUGUAAUGGGACAUCAGUAAAGUGGCACAGUAUGCUCAUGUUCA